AUGGUAUUUACUUCCUCGACCAUGUCAAAAUCAGAGUCAGAAGUUCAAAUUGUGUCUAAAUGCUUUAACGUCGAACAAUCGUGCUCUGAUACGAAUGCUUAUCAUAAUUUACUGACUCUUGAAGACGUACAAGUUCUAGUGAAACACGCGGCAGGUGGCAAAGCGGUGGUGGAAAAUUUUUCUCUAGAAUUAUAUUCCGAUGGAAAGCUUGGAUAUCUGGGAUCUCAUCAGAGACUCAGCGUGAACAUUAAAACCGUAAGCGAAAAAUAUACACUGUCUUUUUUCGUUAAAGCCGUGCCGUAUAAUAUUCCCACCCAAGCUGAAUAUGUACUCGACAAAUGUGUUUUUUUGAAAGAGAAAAUUUUCUAUCGUGACAUAAUCCCACAAUUGUAUCACGAGUAUAAGGGCGAACCAUGGACUGCAACCUGUUUCUUAGUCAAGGACAAUUUGUUGGUAUUUGAAGAUUUAGAAACUAAGGGUUAUUCAUUAAGAACCAAGUUAUUUAACAAGGAACUUAUUGUAUCCGGCCUAACAGCCAUUGCCAAGUUACACGCUUCCUGUUUGCUGGCUGAAGCGCGUCUUGGAAAAACUUUUAAGAAGAUGUAUCCGCAUGCCUUCAUCGAGAACGCCUUUUCUGAAACUGGGAAGACUAAGAAAUGGUUCGACGUAAGCGUAAACGCCAUAGUUGCUAUUGCUGAACAUCUUGGUCUGGAUGCUACUUUAAUACCAAAAGCUUGUGAGAAAGUGCAUGCAGCCCUGGAAAUGUCAUCUACGAAAAGAAACGUUAUUAGUCAUGGAGAUUUGUGGGGAAAUAAUUUGAUGUUCAGUAAUACUGUACCCCCAAACUGUUUGUUGCUAGAUUUUCAAUUGAUGAGAUAUUCUCCUUUGGCACACGACGUGGCAAACUUUUUGUAUCUCACCGCUGAUAAACAUUUUAGAGUAACUUGGGAGGAAAGUAUGUUGAAGCACUACUAUAGCGUGUUACGUGAAACCAUGAACUCGACAAAAUCAGUUUCUCUAGAAAUUCCACCUUGGUCAGAAUUAAUCGAAGGUAUGGAGGAACAGAGAUUAGCUGCUAUAAUCACAGCAGCUAUAUAUUUUCAGACUGUGCUGUUAGAUAAGAAAACAAGCAUGGAAAUUAUGAAUGAUUCUAUUGGUUAUCAUGAGUAUGUAUUUAAUAAUAGAAACGAGACAUUGCUUAAAGUCAUGAAAACUGAUCCAGUAUAUAGUAAACGAUUAACCGAAAUUGUUUCCGAGUUGGUCGAGUAUAGCUUUCGACUAGAUGAAUUACCAAAGCCAACAUAACGUUAAGACAAAUUUUCAAUAAAAUCUGAUAAUUAUUGUAUACUAUUUCAAUAUAUGUACAAUAUUUAUAUAUAAAUGUAGACAUUGUAUUUGUCAUGUAAUAUGUAAUACGUA